GAAAUGUUAAGUUUUAACAGGCGGCACUACUAACAGCAUGGAAGUUAGUAACAAUCAAAAUGGCUGCUACCAACUCGAAUAUAUCCAGUGAUAGUCCAACUAAGAAAGAGGACGAAUUCAAUGAAUUUUAUUCCGAAGUAAAAGAAAUAGAAAAAAGAGAUUCGGUUUUAACUCCUAAACAACAAAUCGACAGAUUAUUACGACCCGGAUCAUCUUAUUUUAAUUUAAAUCCUUUUGAAGUAUUACAAAUUGAUCCAUCCACAUCUAUAGAUGAAAUCAAAAAAAAAUAUCGACGUAUGUCAAUUCUUGUACAUCCUGAUAAAAAUCAAGAUGAUGCAGAACGUGCACAACAAGCAUUUGAAAUUGUUAACAAAGCAUGGAAAACAUUGGAAAAUGAAGAAACUAGAGCUAAAUGCAUGGAUGUUAUUGAAGAAGCAAAAGCUAGAACUGAUCAUAUGAUUGCAGAAAAAAAGAAAAAAAUGAAAAAAGAAGGAAAAACAGAAAGUACAAAUAUACUCGAAGAAGAAACAGAAGAAGGUUACAAGCAUGCAGUUUGGGUUAUGACAAUGAAACUCUUUGCUGAUAUGGAAAGAAGAAGGAGAGAAUUAGCAACCAGAGAUGCAGAACAACGUAAAAGGAAACGAGAAGAAGAAUUAUCUGCAGAAGCACAAGCUGCAUUAGAACGUGAGUGGCAAAAAAAUUUUGAGGAAUCUCGACAAUCAAGAGUUGAUAGUUGGAAAGCUUUUCAAUCUGGUGCUAAUGCCACAAAACAAAAGAAAGCAAAAAAAUUAAAAGCUUUUAGGCCUCCUAAAACGAAAGCUGAAUCACGAUAAUUAUAUAAUUGUUCCUGAUGCCUGACAUAGAUUCUUUCAUUUGAUAUAUUUCAUAUUUCUUGCAAAAAAAAAAAAGUAGUUUAAAUAGCAUGUUCUCACUAUGUGAUAUCAGAUUUCUGAAUUUAUUAAAACUAAUUGGAAUUGUUCUUGUUUAAAAUUUAUUUGUUAAUUAAAAAUUUGCGAUUUAAAUCUAGUUAAAUAUACAUCAAAAUCAGGUAUCAAAGUAGAGAAUUAGUUGUAAACAGAAUGAAUACAUUGAGCAGCAAAGUGUGAGUAUGGUUAAUGUAUGUAUCUCAAGAAUAAUUUGUAUGUUUGUUGAAUGUAUAUGUAUGUAUGAACGUAUAUAGUUGUGAUAUACUUACAUGGCCCGAAAAAGUUCAACUUUAAUAUAAUACUUUAACCUGAUCUAAUUAUUGCAUAAAAUUUAAGAUUAUACAUUUGUAUUAUAAAUUGUUGGAUAACAAAUGUCAAUUUUAUGAUAUACAUGUACCUCAUAUUUUUAUCUGAAAUAUACAAUGACAUGAUACAAUACUUUGAAAAAGAAAAAUAUUCAAGUUGUCAAAUUUGUCAAAUGAAAUUUAAAUUAAUAUUUAUAAAAUUUUUAUAUGUUCCUCAAAUUAUUGAGAACAUUUGUAUAUAUUGAAGUAAUAAUUCAAAUAAUUUAAUGAAUAUUGUUACAUUUUAAUGUUACAAAAUGAUUUGAAGCACAAUAUAGUACAAAGGUAAAGUAUAAAUUUUCUUUUAUUGAACAUAACCUCUGGUUAUGUUAAUAUAAUAUUAUAAUAUUAAUAUAAUAUUAUUUUAUUUUAUAUAACUACAUCGCGAAUGCACAUAAUGCUACGUAAAAUUGUGUGAUAUAAUCAUUAUAUUGUUUUAAAAAAAUAUAUUUUAUACAUACGUAGUGCAAAUGAAGUAAAGUGUUCUUCAUAUUUGUUUUCUUUAUUGUUUUAACAAAUAAUUUGUUUUUACAAUCAAAUUUAACAAUUAAAUUUUUUUCACUAUUGACAAUACACUAAUCACAUUGACAAUUGAAUCUUUUUAAUCGUUUCUUCCCGCUGUUUCCUGAUCGUUUCAAAUACACUACAAGUAACAAUAGACCAUCUAUAUAUAAAAUAUUUUGAUGUAUAUUUCGUUUAAAAAUCAAGAGAUAUAAACAAAUUAUGCUUGUUUGAUUUAAAAACUCAUAUAAGCAAAAUGAUACAUAAUACAUAUUACAUUUCACUAUCAUGAAAAUAACUUAACGGGCCAUGUAGUUAUAACUUCCGGUUUUCAAAUAGGAUAUAUUCGCAUAAUGAAUGUUAUAUCUUAACGUACACUUGGUCCAAUCGUAAUUUAUAAGAUUAUUGUAAAGAGAAAAUUUCUAAAGUGUAAGUCAUUGCACUUCUCAUUGUAAGUCACUUUGAAUAGUCUUAUUAACAUAUGAAAGUAAAUGUCGUACAAGUGCAAUCGUGAGAAUAAAUGAAUGAAAGGAUGUGUAUAUAAAAAAUGAAAUUUUUAUUAAAGACAUAAAAUCGAACUAAUCGUAACGCGAUAUAAUUUUUAUUUUUAUUUUUUUUAUUUUUUUUUUUUUUUUCAUAAAAUGAGAUUUUCUACGAUGCCAUAAAUUUCAAUAUAUAAUUUCAAAUUAUAUAAAAUUUAUAUCAGUCCAAUAUAUUCGAUUUAUUAUAAAAUAACUUAAAAAUAACUAGCUUUAAACAUUACUCUUGAAAAAUGCCUCAUUUAUUUAUAAUAUAUUUAUAAUAAUGAAUAUAAUGGAACAAAUAAAAAAAUUUAUGAUUUUUAUUUAUAUAUAAAAAUAUCAAUUAGUUAUAAUUAUUGGAUGAAAUUAUAAUGAAUAAGUUAUGAUUAUUUAAAAAAUUAAUUUUGUUUCAAUUGAUUUUAAUUCAUUCACUCGUAAGUGUUAACUAUAAAUAAAUAUGUCAUAGUAUUAUUUGAAACGAUAAAAAAUUCAUUUUGUAAAAUAUAAGUCAUUAAUGAUAAUUUGUGUUUUUUAUUUAAUUCGAAAAUUUUUUAUUAAUGUAUUCAUCUUGUACAUUAUAACGUCCAUGAGAUAUAAAAUGUAAAUACAAUAUA